CCCAUACAAGUCCGGCACAUGCCAAACCAGAGCAGCCCAAUGCAGCGCCGGGACGAAAUAUUUUUUGCCCUCGGCAUAUAUAAUGAAUCAAUCACUUCCGCUCUUUCUCUCAUCGGAUCAUGGCGGACCACAGCGCCGGAGAUGACGAGACUGACGUUGAACGGCAGCUGGAAGCGCACUUGGAAGAGCAGAGAGAUUCUUUGUCGACAGUCAAGGAGGCCCUCGCUACUGACCCCACCAAUCCAGAGCUUAUCGGGGUUCUUGAAGAACUUCAGAUGGCAAUCAAGGAUGCAGAAGAGGGACUACUUCAUCUAAAGCGUUCUAGAUUGCUGAAGGAAGCUGAUGCAAUUUUUGGCCAAGAAUUUGAAUCCUUGGAGGAGGAGGAUGUAAAGGUGGAACCACUGGAUUCAAAACAUAGUUUUCUAGAACCUUCUGAAUCAGGAACUUAUUCUAUCGGAUCAAAGUGUAGAUUCCGCCAUAGUGAUGGACGUUGGUAUAAUGGUCAUAUAGUGGCUCUUGAUGGUGGUAAUACUGCCAGGAUCUCAUUUCUCAAUCCUACUUCUGAAAGCAUGUUGAUGUGCAAGUUCUUUCUACGGCAACGAUGUCGUUUUGGUAGUAACUGCCGCAUGUCUCAUGGAUUUAGCAUACCAUUUUCAUCGCUGAAGCCUUACAUUCCGGCCUCAUGGUGUGAGUCUUUGGUUGGUUCCAACAUAUGGGCUAUAUCGGAAGGCCAUUCGAACAUUUGGAGGAGAGCGGAGCUCGAAGCCUGGGACGACAAACUAUGCUUGGGUCAGGUUAUUUUUCAGGAUGAUGGAAGCUCGGCCUCACUCUGCAGCGAAGCUCUCUCCAUGUCAGAGUAUGCUGAUGUAACCUCCUCCUCAGACGGUGAUGAUGAAGACAGUCUCAGCAAUGAGAGCUCCAGCUCCAGCGAUGAAGACAAUUUUGCGAAUGGAUCAGUUCAUCGAGGCAUCGGGUUUUUGGAAUCCUCUGCUUCUCUAAGAGGAAUUCAGACUGAAACUGCCGUAUUUGCGAAAUGGGAACAUCACACGAGGGGCAUUGCAUCAAAAAUGAUGGCCAACAUGGGAUACCGUAAAGGCAUGGGAUUAGGUGCCGCAGGUCAAGGAACUUUGGAUCCAAUAUCUGUUAGAGUUCUUCCUUCAAGACAAUCGCUCGACCAUGCUCUUGCGUCGAACGAGAAAGAAGAAAAUAGUGUUGGCAGAGGUAGAAAAAGGAGUAGAGGAGGCAGAAGGAAGCAGGAGAAGAAGAUUGCAGAAGCAGAAAGAGUUGCUAAAGCUGAAGAGGAAGAGGAAACAGAUGUUUUUAGCUUUAUUAAUAAUCAUCUCACUGGGCUUAAUGCUGCUUCCAGCAAUGUAGGGAGUAAAGUGAAGAGAAGGGUUGGAGAUUCAGAAGAUAAGGUAAAGGUUGAGGAUAGAAGAUCAUUGGUCGCUUAUGAGGAUGAAGUGAAAGAGUUAAGAAUUCGUGUCGAGAAGAUCGAAGAAAUGGUGAAUCGGAAUCGAAAGGAGAAGGCGGUUUUCGAGGCUGCAUCUAGGAAAUUGGUUGAGGCACGGAAGUUGCUUGCAGAUGCUGAGGCGGCUCAUGUGUCGGCCUCUAAUGCUGUUAUGAGCAAGGAGAAGGAAAAGAGAUGGCUCAAAUUUUAGAAAUUAAUUUUAUUUUUGUAAGUUUUAAAUUCAAUGUUGUUGCAGGAUUUGAUAUGUACAUGUUAUAAGUAGGGGUGUGUACUAUCUAAUCAAAACCGAAAUCCAAACCUUC